CUGGCUGUAGGAGUUCUGGCAGAAAACGGUUUGACGCUGGAAGAGUGGCUGCCUUCAGCAUGGAUUACAGACACCGUUCCUCGUCGGUGCCCAUUUGUGCCACAGAUGGGGGAUGAGGUCUACUAUUUCCGACAAGGUCAUGAAGCAUAUGUUGUAAUGGCUAAGAAGAACAAAAUAUAUAGUAUUAAUCCCAAAAAACAACCAUGGCAUAAAAUGGAAUUACGGGAGCAAGAGCUGAUGAAAAUAGUUGGGAUUAAGUAUGAAGUGGGAUUGCCUACUCUCUGCUGUCUUAAACUAGCUUUUCUUGACCCCGAUACGGGUAAAUUAACGGGAGGAUCAUUCACCAUGAAGUACCAUGAUAUGCCAGAUGUCAUCGAUUUCCUAGUUCUGAGGCAGCAGUUUGAUGAUGCAAAACAUAGGCGAUGGAAUAUAGGUGAUCGUUUCAGGUCAGUGAUAGAUGAUGCUUGGUGGUUUGGAACAAUUGAAAGCCAGGAACCUCUCCAGCCUGAUUAUCCUGAUAGCUUAUUUCAGUGCUACAAUGUCUGCUGGGACAACGGUGAUACUGAGAAGAUGAGCCCUUGGGACAUGGAGCUGAUACCAAGUAAUGCUGUAUUUCCCGAAGAACUGGGAACUAGUGUUCCUUUAACAGAUGAUGAACGUAGAACGCUGCUCUACAAACCUCUGGAUGGAGAGUGGGGUUCCAGGACCCGAGAUGAGGAGUGUGACAGAAUUAUUGCGGGGAUAAACCAGCUCAUGACUCUAGAUAUUGCUUCUGCAUUUGUGGCACCUGUGGAUCUCCAGGCUUACCCCAUGUAUUGCACUGUUGUGGCCUACCCCACAGACCUCAGCACCAUUAAACAAAGACUGGAAAGCAAGUUUUACAGGCGCCUUUCUUCCUUGAUGUGGGAAGUCCGGUACAUAGAACAUAAUACUCGCACAUUUAAUGAACCUGGAAGUCCUAUUGUCAAAUCUGCCAAAUUUGUCACAGAUCUUCUGCUGUACUUCAUAAAAGACCAGAGCUGCUAUGACAUAAUUCCAUUGUACAAUGCAAUGAAGAAGAAGGUGUUGUCUGACUCUGAUGAGGAAGAAGAGAAAGAUACAAAUGUGCCAGGAACUUCCACUAGAAAAAGAAAGGAUCAUCAGCCGAAGCGGCGACUCCGUAAUAGAGCGCAGUCGUACGACAUUCAGUCGUGGAAGAAGCAGUGCCAGGAGCUGCUGAAUCUCAUUUUUCAGUGUGAAGACUCUGAACCGUUUCGACAACCAGUGGAUCUCCUUGAAUAUCCAGAUUAUAGAGAUAUUAUUGACACUCCGAUGGAUUUUGCUACUGUUAGAGAAACACUGGAAGCUGGAAACUAUGAGUCACCGAUGGAGUUAUGUAAAGAUGUGAGACUUAUUUUCAGCAAUUCUAAGGCCUAUACACCAAGUAAAAGAUCAAGGAUCUACAGUAUGAGUUUGCGCCUUUCUGCUUUCUUUGAAGAACACAUAAGUUCUAUUUUAUCAGAUUAUAAAUCUGCCCUACGCUUUCAUAAAAGAAAUACAAUAAAGAAACGAAGGAAAAAAAGAAGUAGAAGCAGCUCGGUUUCCAGUAGUGUUGCAUCCAGCCCUGAAAGGAAGAGGAGAUUAAUAAAACCUCUGCUGAAGGCAGAAACUUCUGCCCCCUCUUCAUCUUCUGCACCUGCACGGUCAACAGCCCUGAGACAUGCUCCACCUCACAUGAAUGGAAAAGCUGCUGAAACCUCUUCCCUUGUGCGGACUAGAAGCAAUAAGGGGAUAACAGAUGUGGCUGUUACAGAGCAACCAUCUACUUCUUCAGGAGCAAAGCCUUUAACAAUAAAGCCUUUAAUUGCAAAGCCUAAUACUACUGCAGGGUCAGGAAAGUCAGUACUGGAAAAUUCAACCAAACAUUCCAAGAACCAGAAUAUGGUGUCAAUCCCUAGUCAGUCUGAUUACAGUCAUAACACUAGGAAUAACUCCACAAGAGAAAAUCCUGAGAAAGAGAAGCAAAUCAAGCGCAAAGUAAAAUCUUCCACUGUUAAUCCACAAGCAGAUUGCAAGAAUAAUGCUUUGGCAUCAGGCAGCAUUCAGGUAAACGGACACGGAGGACAGCCUUUGAAACCUCCAGUUAAAAGAGGUCCCGGACGGAAACCGAAGGUGGAGACGAAUAACAGUAGCUGUGAAGUGGUGCACAAGAAAAGAGGCAGAAAACCAAAAAAGCUACAACUUGUUGAACAGCAGAAGGUUGCAGAGCAGAAUACAAUCCAGACUGCAAAGGAUAUACCCGAAGAAGCCUCUGCUUCUACUGCAUGCAAUUCUCUUUCUGAAAAUAAUAUGAAGGAAGACUUGUUACAAAAAAAAGGCCGUGGGGGUAGAAAGCCAAAAAGAAAGAUAAAGACUCAUCAGCCAGGCUCAGACCUUUCAGUUCCUGCGAAUGUUAAAAUGCAAACAAGAAGCAGGAGGAAAAAGGUUGAUGCGCCUAUGGAGGAGGGGUCUGAAGAGCUCAAAGACUCUGAACCUCACAUGAGAACUAGAAACCAGGGUAGGAGGACAGCCUUUUACAAUGAAGAUGACUCUGAGGAAGAACAACGGCAGCUAUUGUUCGAAGACACCUCCUUAACUUUUGGAACAUCUAGCAGAGGCAGAGUCCGAAAGUUGACUGAAAAAGCAAAAGCGAAUUUAAUUGGUUGGUAA